UAUUAAUAUCUGUUUUUUUAAUUAGCAGAAAACUGAAAAAACUGAAUUGAAGAAGCUCUAAUGGCUCGUGUGGCUGCGAAUCCAAUUGCUUUUCAUAGAUUCCAACCAUGCUUUCCAACUUCUCAAUCCCUUAAAACCUCUCUUCAUUGCCAAACCAAGAUUCGCAAACGACAAAUCGUUUCGUGUCAAACGACCCCUAAACCCACUGAACCUGAACCCUCCUCUGCGGACAAGUUGCCUGUUGAGCCUGCCUCAGUGAGCAAUGAGAGCAGUAGCCAAGCUACGAGUUCUUCACAAGGCUCCGGCUUCCCGGAAUUUCCAAGCAAAGGUCUCAACAAACAAAUAGCAGUAGUUUCUACUCUUGCAGCUGUGGGACUUUUCUUAUCAGGAAGGCUGGAUUUUGGUGUUUCUUUGAAGGACAUAGCAGCUGCUGCAUUACCUUAUGAAGAGGCUCUUUCAAAUGGGAAGCCCACUGUUGUGGAGUUCUAUGCAGACUGGUGUGAAGUAUGUCGUGAAUUAGCACCCGAUGUUUACAAAGUUGAGCAACAGUACAAGGAUCGUGUGAACUUUGUUGUGCUCAAUGUUGACAACACAAAGUGGGAACAAGAGCUUGACGAGUUUGGUGUUGAGGGUAUACCACACUUUUCAUUCCUUGACAAAGAAGGAAAUGAAGAAGGCAAUGUAGUGGGCAGGCUUCCACAAAAGUACCUGCUUGAAAAUGUGGAAGCCCUUGCUCGAGGAGAAGCCUCAGUGCCCCAUGCCCGAGUAGUUGGACAGUAUUCAAGUGCUGAAGCCAGAAAGGUUCACCAAGUUGUUGAUCCCAGAAGCCAUGGAUAGAUCUUACCUUUUGCAUUGUAAAGGAACAUUCAUCUGGGUGCCUGUGGAAUUAGCUCUAUAAAGGUACUCUACCCAACAAACCUGUAUUAUACUGAAUCAUGUAUCUAAAACUAAGCAAUAUUUUCUGACUAAAUUCAAUUAUACUUAUACGAGUUCAUUGAA